AUGCGUAGUGCAGCCAAGGAUGACUUGCCGGAAAUAUUCUUAGGAUAUGAAAGAAAGCAUAACAGAGUUGGGGGAUAUCAUCUCUGCAGUGGUUUUUAUGCUGGUUCGUUGGCUGCUUUACUCUGUCUCUUUUGUUGGAUUUCAAGUAGUGUUCUUGCAAGUCUCCUAGGGUUUCAAAUCGCAUGGAAGGUUGUUCUUGUUGUGCAAUUGGUUUCUUGGACUGCUCAAUUUGUAGGACAUGGUGCAUUUGAGAGAAGAGCACCAGCCCUUCUAGACAACAUUUUACAAGCCUUCAUAAUGGCCCCAUUCUUUGUUUUAUUUGAGGCACUCCAUAACUUUUUUGGGUACGAACCAUAUCCCGGAUUUCAUGUUCGUGUGACAUCAAUGGUACAUGAAGAAAUAGAAGAUUAUAGAAACACGAAGGGAGAAUUACUAUCUUAGUGUAAUAAUCCAAAUAUGAUUGAAGAUCAUAAUUCAUACAACAUAUAUAUAUUUUAACGAAAUUGUAAAGUAUUUUAUGAACGCUUCGAAACUGUAAUCUUUAAUCCAUUUGCCAUUGACAGAAUUGUCAUCAUUCUGUAAUCCACCACAUGUCCUUUCACCAAUUCGAACUUGAAAAAUCGACACAAAAUUGCAAGCGCCAUUUUCAUUUGUAGUGAAUUUGAAAGGAGACGCGUUUUGGAAAAACCCAUCUUUAAGCCAUCUUUCGGGUUUAAAUUGAUUUGCAUCUGGGCCCCAAUUGUACUCCAUUCGUCCCAUCGAAUAAGGAUACAACCGAAGUGUUUCUGUGAUGACAGCGUGCAAAUAGUACAACUUUCCAAGCGAAUCGUAGCUCAUAAGUUCAGCAAAUUGUUUUGUUCUCAUGUCAAAAGAUUCAAGAUCUUGUGUUUCAUCACAAGGAUCUAAACACACUUGUUCUUCUUUCGCACAUUCUUGUUCAAAUGCUUUAAGUUCUGUAUACAGUUUUUCUGCAACAUGAUUGUGAGUCAUGAUCAUGUAAAUGGCCCACGAAAGAGUUGUUGCUGUGGUGUCACGUCCCGCAAUUACAAAGUUUAAUACAACGUCUCUCAAACUCUUGUCAUUGAUGUUGUUUUCUGGGUCUUUUCGUAACUCGAUAAAUCUUGAUAAUAUGUCAUGUUUCAUCUGAUAAAUGUAUGAAAUGAGAUCAAAUUUAGUUUACUUAUUAUUAGUAUAAUAAUACGUGACUACUUGCGUUACCUUAUGGUUAUUAG